CUAGGGAGUGACUCGGCUGUUACUGACUAAGAUUCCCUUCUUCAAAGAGAUCAUUGUCAGUUCCUUCACCUGCAACAGCUGCAGUUGGUCAAACUCGGAGAUCCAGUCGGCCGGCCGGAUUGAGGACCAGGGAGUGUGCUAUACGCUGGCGGUGCGGCACAAGCAGGAUAUGAAUAGGGAAGUGGUGAAGACUGACUGUGCAACAGCUAGAGUCCCUGAGCUAGACUUUGAAAUUCCUGCUUUUUCCCAGAAGGGAGUGCUUACUACCCUGGAGGGGUUACUUGACAGAGCCAUAGCAGGACUGGAGCAGGACCAGCCAGGCCGCCGGGAAAGUGAUGCCAACGUGGCAAAAAAGAUAGAUGAAUUCAUCUCUAAGCUGAAGCACUUGAAGGAAGUGGAGUCACCUUUUACCUUUAUCCUGGACGACCCGUCAGGUAACAGCUUUGUAGAGAACCCUCGUGCCCCACUGAAAGAUGAGGGGCUGGUGGUUACCCACUACAGAAGAACUGCCCAGCAAGCUGCAAUGCUUGGAAUUGAGCCAGAGGAGCCCUGUGAGACCCUGGUGGAUUCGGCUGAGGACCUGAGAAACGAGGUAUUGCAGUUCAACACAAACUGUCCAGAGUGUAAUGCUCCUGCCAGCACCAAUAUGAAGCUGGUGCAGAUUCCCCAUUUCAAGGAAGUCAUCAUCAUGGCUACAAACUGCGAUGCCUGUGGGCACAGGACAAACGAGGUUAAGUCCGGAGGGGCCAUUGAGCCAUUGGGGACCAGGAUAACUCUUCAAGUGACAGACUCCUCAGACUUGACAAGAGAUCUAUUGAAGUCGGAAACCUGCAGAGUGGAGAUUCCAGAGCUGGAAUUUGAGCUUGGAAUGGGGGCGCUGGGCGGGAAAUUUACCACGCUAGAAGGCUUGCUGAAGGACAUCCGUGACCUGGUGGAGAAGAAUCCCUUUAACCUGGGGGACAGUUCCCUCCCUGACAGAGCGGAAAAACUCAGUGCGUUUGGCAGGAAGCUACAGCAGAUCAUGGAUGGGAAGCUGCAGGUGCACGUUACUUUAGAUGACCCUGCAGGGAACAGUUACCUUCAGAACCUGUAUGCGCCUGAGGAUGACCCCGCGAUGAAGGUGGAGCGCUAUGAGCGUCUCUUUGAGCAGAACGAAGAGCUGGGCCUCAACGACAUGAAAACGGAGGGCUAUGAGGCAGACGGCUCCCCUCUCCGGUAGCAGAGCUGGGCAGAGGCUCCGCCAGCGUGGCCAACAGCCUGCAGAAAGGACUGGCUUUGCUGAGGCUUGUGGCAAAGAUUCUGUCUUGGGAAGGAGCCGCUCCAGACCCUCAGGGUUGAAUGUGAACCCCAGCAGGCCGCCUGCGGUGCCUUUCCGCUGAAGCUGAAGCUUUGCGUACUUGGAGACUUGCGUUUAUAUCUGUGGGGAGGGUGGGAAUUAGGGGUUAUGUGUAUCCAUUCUGCACAAAUAGCCUAAGCGUGCCCUCUCCCUUUCAGGUUGGUCUUCCUGGUGUGUAUUAUUUUAACAUGAUUCUUGUUUAAUUAGAGUUUGUUGCCUCUGUGGUUAUGGGUUGGGUGCCUCCCACUGCCUGACGAGGGGACACUGGCAUUUCUGCUCAGGAGUGCAAGGGUUGGGAGCCUUUUCCUCUCUUUCCUUCCUCUUUUUCCGCAAGUGUUUGUCUUUUCCUUCUGUUUAUUCUGGAGCAAUAAAGAAAUAUCAGUGUAUUCUAAUAA